CCCAUAUCCCCCCUUGCACCAACUUCGGACCUCGUUUCGUGCGAAUUUCCGACGGCUUCUUUCAUAGCACCGGACAAAUACGAGAAUCGGUGAUUACGACUCCCAGGCGACCCGGGGGGAUGGUUAGGGGCGUGGUGCCUAAACCCGGGCUGGCAAUCCCCGGGGCAUGGGGAGGGGUCAGGCCCUUAACUGAAACUCCGGGCGAACCCUGGUACAAAAAAGGUACCUAACUUGGGGGUUCCAAGGUUAGAGGCUGUCUAGCCAAGUUAGUUCAGGGUUUCAAGUUCAGCGAAUUGCCUAAUAGGGCUUAACUCAAUCCUAAUCGGGCAAGGCGCGAUAUGGCCCAGCCGCUGUCGAUUUCAAGUAUAUAAACUCCCAAUUCCCUUCCCGCAGCUUGACCAUCCUUCUUCCACCGCCCUAUUCUCCUCGCUUUCCUUUGCAGUUCCCACUUCACUUGUCUCUUCGUCUUGUGCCGUCACCCUCAGCUUCACAUAGAGCGGUUGCACCACAGCUGCACAAAUUGGAAUUCUGGUCAUCUUUUUCAUGCCAUUUCCCGUCAGCCCAACUGAUUGAUUGGAUUGGGAUAUGAGAUACUCUUCCGCACAUUGCUGACAAUGAUCUCAAUCCAUUCUUGAUUGAUCUAUUUUCCCAUCAGUUAUCGAGCUCCUAUGCACUGUGGACAGACAAUCUCCGAAAAUGAAUUCGUCGCUGGAAUUCUAGUUGUCUAAGGUGUUGGCGACUGGGCGUCCCCGGUGCCUCCCUCCCCCAUGAAUCUGCAGUGGCUGGCUGGCCAUUAUUACCCCAUGGCAAUAGUAUCUCAGUACAGCAAUUGUUCCGCCUUGCUGCUCCAAAGAGGUCAUUGUGCGUUGAUUUGGGACCAUGAUGAGAUCUACCAAGAGCAGAACUCAGGUCGUGCGCUGGAUGCAGGGGAGUUGAAUCCCCCCACCCCCCCGAGACGAAAUGUGGCUUUUGGUGGCAGUAUUGUCGUAGCUAAUGAUGAUGCGAAGCUUCUGCGCUGUAUCAGCCAGAUGCGAAACCUGAAGAGGUGGAGAUCUGCCCUGUUGCCUGGUACGUGAUGGUCUGCCACACUACCAGCAUGGAUGUGGAUCUUGCGAGGCCUUGCUAAGAAAUCAAGCCCUCGUGCAAGGAGGAGCAAUUCUAUCAUCAAAUGGUCCUCCUGGCUGAACUUCCAGUCUUGAGACAGGAUUGCAGACAUUGGACGCCCAAGCAUGCGCAAGAAUCAAGUUUCCCGUGGAGAAGCCUUCACAAGUCCAGUGGGAGAAAAAAAAAAGAGGCAAGGUGGGGGCGGGUGGGUAAGGGAUUGCCACACCCAGCAGCACAGCACCGUCUUUCCGCCAUUGUGCCGCCCUCAUCGCGCACCAACUCCCUGCGUUGAUCAAGCAUCAAAUAUUUCCUGAUCUAGCUGCAAUUUAGUGCAGCUAUGUCUAUCUACACAAGGAUCAUAUUAAAGGUGCUAGAGCCCGGAGUUCUGAUAUAUAAGGGAGCAACCGCAGCGGUGUUUGGCAGAGCUUUUCCAUCUCGUCUUCAUCGUUGAUCUUCGUGUGGACAUAGCUUAGCUAGCGGGUAGUUAGCUAUUAGCUAUAGAAUCGCGUGCUGACCGCUAUCUAAUCGGCGUGCAGGUAGUCGCCAUCACAGGUAAACAAAGUUGAGUACAAUGGCCCUAUGUGCUACGUCAUACGUCCAGCUCGAAACAGGCUCAAUUCUUCAACACUUAUCCCGCUUACAUCCAAAGAAAAAGUUGGGGUUCGGCCUUGAGCCUAAAGCCAACCUUUUCCAGUCAAAAAGAUUGUCGACGUGCAUCCCAAUUCCUUCUUCCUUACAUCUCCUUGACAACACCUUUCAGUAUAUUAUGUCUUCUACACGGCCAUAGCGUUAUUCCAUAGUCUUCCUAUGUGGUGCCACGUUGGUAACAGUGGAGAUACCAGCUCUAUUCGUCCCGAAAUUGUCAUUCAACCCGCAACAGCUUGGUCUCCAUUUCCUCGGAGUUAUCGUUCCGACCUCGGAGAGUAGCUUAGAAGCACGUUGCUAGACUUUUGAAUGAAUCGAGCUAGUUGUCGAAUUUUGCGCCAGACCAGACCCCCCCCCCUUUUUUUUUUUUUUUCUUUCUU